AAAAGCGGAAAAGGAAAGAAAAUAUCCAACAACAAAUUAUAGUUGUUAUUCCUAAUUUCAUUUCCCCGAAAAUCCCUCAUUGUUGUCGGCGCUCAAGAAACUUCCUCUCUCUAUGCAAAUCGGGUUCGACCUCCUCUUGUUUGUGGAAAACGAAAGUGAAAUCUACUCCUACUUUUCAUUGUUGUGCAUCCUCGUGUGUUGAAUGGUCUCUUCCAGGUGCGAAGAUAAAAAGAUGAACUUUGUUGUGCGUCGCUGAUGUACAUUGAUUGAACUUCUGGAUUUUGUGAAGCGCGGAACUUGAGUAUGGAUUGGCGUAAGGAGCAAGUAAGGUACAGAUACCAGCUUUGGAGAUUCGCCCGCUUAGGACAUCUACCCUGCGGUUUUUGGAGUGCUCCUUUGUCCGGAGCCUACGUUUUGGUGCGGGGAAAGAACCAGCGUUGGAAUAGGGAAUUCCUCCAGAUCACGUUCUUGGAAGGCAAAGGAUGCUAUAUUUUGUGCUGCAGGUCCGGACAGAGUUACAGGAGGACCACUACAGUAGGGCUACAGCUUCAGCAAGCACCACUACUCCGAGCUUGCUAUAUUUUGGUAUAUCUAUGCUACUAUGAUACUUGUCCUUAUGUUAUAGGUCCGGACAGAGUUACAGGAGGACCACUACAGUAGGGCUACAACUUCAGCAAGGGUCAGCAAGCACCACUACUCUGGGUUUGCUUUUUUUGGUAUAUCUAUGCUACUAUGAUACUUGUCCUUAUGUUAUGGGUAUGUCGGGGCCCUGUCCCGACGCUUAUGCUUGUACGCAUACUCCUAGAGGCUCAUAGACAUUGUAGCAUGUGUAUGCAUUGUCUGUUGAUCUGGUCAGUCUUGGAUAGUCGAAGUAUGCUUUUGGACAACCUUGUCGGCCAGCCUAUGCAUACCGUCAUUCACAAAGAUGUUAUGUUAACUUUGUGUUGGGCUUUUCUUUAUGCAGGUGCGCUUAUAUGCAUAUGAUGAUAAUUACGAUUAGAAUAGUUGUUUUAAGGUUAUAUUAUGUCACGGUAGGUGGUACCCAGCUGUUAGAGUCAGGUGCCCGUCAUAACCCUUGUCGAGGUGUGACAAUAUGAUUGCAAGGGAUCUU